AAAAAAAAAAAAAAAAAGCCAGAAGACCGCAGCAUCCGUGUCUCUCUCUCUUUCUGCCUGGUGUUUUUUUUAUCGAUUUACUAUCAAAUUCAUGUCAACAUCCAAAAACAAGUUAUUAACACGCGGUCAAGCCAUAUGCCUUGUACUUGAUAUGGUGCCCACUGUCGAAAACCGACGAAAAGGAAAUGACAUAGUAGAGAACAGUGUGUUUAACGUUACAUAUACCGACGACCAAGGGCCCCAGCAUCCUUUUGCGAUGGGGAAGUCCACCAUCGAAAAAAACCCGUUUACCUACAAGGCCUAUCCGAGGACACCGCCUACCAGCCCAACUAUAUAUCCAAGCAUUACUGCGGCCAAUGAUGAAAUCAGCGAUUUAAGCAACAGCAACAACGAUGGCGAGGACAGCGACGACAGCACUGAUGGGUCGACAGUAUACAAACUUGAAACUCUGCUACAUAUCACGAAGUCGAUAUUUUUCACGGAUGCUGAAAACAAAGAACUCUUUGAUUAUGGGUUUUAUACCACGUCAGACAUUUAUAACGCCAUCACCAAACAACUGCCACGACUACACAAAUUUAUGAAUGCGUCGAAGUUUGGAAGACUUAUCAAAGACAAUGACUUCGGCGAACGGGUGUCCAAACGUGUCGACGGAAAAAAUUUGAAAGGACGUAUGUUAUACAAAAUCAAGGAUGACGCGAUUGGAAAGUUGGUGGAAUCUGCAUCUGCCUUCCGAACAGAAAUCAAGAACGUUGGCAGCGAUUGGAUAAACGUGGGGUAUGUCAGGAAAUCUCCGGGCAUUGAAAGCGUGGCGACACGGCAAGGACUCCUCGAGGGAAUGAUCAUGAAGUUAAGGAACCGAUGUCUCUGUCGUUAUAUAUUUGCCUCUACCAGCUCGAUAUCAUCUUCACCGAUCUUGGAAAGAGAUUUCUUCGUGGACAGCAAUAGCAAUAGCAACAGCAACAACAACAUCAAGGCCACCGACCUGGCUUAUUGCGAUGGGGAUACCCAAGCAAUGAUUGAUUUCAUUGGACCUUCGAUCAAGAAAAUUCGACUUUGUGUGAUUUCAUAUGCUGGACUUUCAAACAAUCCUGGCGAUGUCGUCUUGUUCUUAAAAAGCUGUAAGAUGGUCAAAGCAAUUGUUGUGGAUCAUGACAGCCAUAUAGAAGUACUGCACAGAUAUUCUCUGUUGCAUGGGAACCAAAAGAAAAUUCAAGUUUUCAGAUCGAGAUCUGGUUGCGUCAAACGAUCAACCAGCGGAAAAAUGUCAUCUUAAUGGGCGACUCGAUCGAUGAAUUGCAAAGGAGCCAAGGAAUAAAACAUGACCGUUCUUUGAAACGCUGGAUUCCGGAAUCAUAAUACUGAAGCGUUAUCGCACGCUAUAUAUCUCGACACAUAUGACAUUGUCAUCUUUGGUGACGCCAAUAUGAACCCUAUCAUCGACCUUCUCCAUCACGUGUAACAACGACGACUAUUCCCACCUAGUCUCUGAUGACGCUAUUUGUAAUUUGUAAUUUGUGUAAUUCAAUACCGAAAUGAAAAUAUAACAAAAAGUAAUAAAG